UGUUUGUCAUUCAGGUUCCGAGGGAGCAGCCGCGGCGGCAAACGGCACUGUCACUGGCACUGUCACUGUCACUGCAGGGGGAACGGCGGUCGGAGCGACCAGGUUGGGGUGGAGGAGGAACGGCAACAACAUCAACAACAACAACAACAGAGGAGGAGGAGGAGUUGGCGAUGCCCGCGGCGCCCCCGGAGGCCCUCGGUCUCUGUGGAUGGCUUCCAGACGCUUAUCUUUUAACCAGCCUUGGACUCAAUGUUUUUCAUUUGCUGCAGGUACGAUUGGUUGAAGCCCGGUGUACUCUGACCCAUCACGGUGAGGCUUUGUUCCUCUGUGUGUGCUGACUUCGUGUUGGGCGGAAGCAGACGGGGAUUGGGUUGCCAGACCAGCACUUCACAAGUUUAAUCAUGCCCCUGCUGCUUUCCCUACGUUCCACUCCGUGCCAGUGACUCUGCUGCCUUUCAGUCAACCGCUCUGUGUCCUUGGCUGCAACGACGAUGACUUUUCUCUGAAGAUUUGUGUCGGGGACUUUCCUCUCCCUGAAGACCGCAGGGAAUUGAAGAACUCUUGUGCCAGGGGAGAGCAGCAAGUCUCCUGCGGAGAAAAUGCCCCCUCCGGCCCUGAUGCGUUUCUCUGUGGCGGACUAUGUCAUCUUUGCCCUGCUCCUGAUUGUCUCCUCGGCCAUCGGACUCUUCUACGCACUGAGUGGCGGGCGACAGAGGACCACCCAGGAGUUCCUGCUGGCCGGACGCAGCAUGACCUUUGUGCCGGUGGCCCUUUCCCUCCUCGCCACUUUCCAGUCCGCCGUGGCCAUCCUGGGCGUGCCGGCUGAGAUCUACACGCAUGGCACGGAGUACUGGUUCCUCGGAUGCUCCUACUUUCUAGGGCUCCUGAUCCCGGCUCACAUCUUCGUCCCUGUGUUUUACCGACUGGGACUCACCAGCACUUACGAGUACCUGGAGCUGCGGUUUAACAGGGCCACGCGACUCUGCGGGACGCUGACCUUUAUUUUCCAAAUGGUUAUUUACAUGGGUGUGGUCCUCUACGCACCUGCUCUGGCCCUAAAUGCAGUUACUGGCUUUGACUUAUGGGGAGCAGUGCUAACUAUGGGUCUGAUCUGUGCACUCUACACAGCAGUGGGGGGGCUGAAAGCUGUGAUCUGGACAGACGUAUUCCAGACAUUGGUGAUGUUUUCUGGGCAGCUGGCUGUCAUCAUCAUCGGGGCAAAUCAGGCAGGAGGGAUUGGAGAAGUGUGGCAGGUAGCAGUGAAGGGCGGCAAGAUCUCUGGAAUCAACCUGAACCCUGAUCCCUUCGAGCGGCACACCUUCUGGACGCUGGCCUUUGGUGGCGUGUUCAUGAUGCUGGGGCUGUAUGGAGUGAACCAGGCGCAGGUUCAGCGCUACCUCAGCUCGCGAUCGGAGAAGCAGGCAAUACUGUCGUGCUACGCAGUGUUUCCUUGCCAACAGAUAGUCCUGGCCAUGGGAUGCUUGAUGGGCCUGGUUAUGUACGCUCGCUAUGGAGAGAACGGCCCCCUGCAACAGGGUUACGUCACCGCCUCUGACCAGAUGGUUCUUUAUUUCGUCAUGGACGUGCUUCAGGAUUAUCCUGGUUUACCUGGUCUCUUCAUCGCCUGCCUGUUCAGUGGAGCUCUGAGCACUAUAUCAUCUGCAUUCAAUUCACUGGCUGCUGUCACUAUGGCCGACCUUAUUAAACCUCACUAUCCGGACAUGACUGAGAGUCGUGCCGCGCUGAUAUCCAAGAGUCUUGCCCUAGGCUAUGGAUUGCUCUGCCUUGGAAUGGCAUACAUCGCAUCCCUGAUGGGCUCAGUGCUACAGGCGGCUUUGAGUAUAUUUGGGAUGAUUGGCGGCCCUCUGCUUGGCAUCUUCUGUCUGGGAAUGUUUUUCCCGAUGGCUAAUUCUGCGGGUGCAAUCUCAGGCUUGGCGGCUGGCUUGGUGAUGGCGUUUUGGAUAGGAAUUGGCAGCUUUAUUUCCCAACGAGCAGGGCUUUCGUUCGUAAAUGCUACCAGCAUCGAAAACAUCACCCUCUCCCUGACAACCACCGUCAUAGCAACAGCUAACCCAACAACAGUGGCAGCAAGUGCAGGUCCCACAGGGCUGAAGAAGUUCUAUUCUCUCUCAUAUUUAUGGUACAGUGGACACAAUGCAGCCACCGUAGUUGUCGUAGGACUGCUGGUCAGUUUCCUAACAGGCCCAAUGAAAGGGGAAGAUGUGAAUCCUUCCACUGUGGUUCCUGUUCUUCGGUACCUACUCUUCUUUUUGCCUGAAAGAUGCAAAGAAAAGCUGAGCUGUGGAGUCCGCUAUCACCCAGCGAUCAACGAGCCCAGCCUUCAAUGCUCGCUUGUGCAGAAGGCGUCGAACGGGGAGCUGCGCAAAGACGCGACCGUGUGGACAGAUCAGAAGCAGGGGCUUGACCCUGACUUGACCGUCGAGCUUGGGGUGGCGAAGAAGGAUCAGGAGGUGGAGAUCCUCCAGGAGACGCCUCUGUGACAGUGCUUUCCACAUGGCCAGUCACUCCAGCUGUCCGCGGUAGCCGGGUGCCUGAAAGGUUUCCAAACAGUGUCUUCCAAAACUCCCCAUGUUAAAUAACCCCAAGCCUGCAGGACCAGCACUGGGUGUUGCGAAGGCUGGCCCCCGCAGAGUAAACGUGCGGUUGGAUGAGUGAUAAGCGAGAAGGGAGGUUGGUGGGAUGUACCGGACUAUCGAGACCAUCUGAAAUUAUCUGACCUCAGAAAAAUUGGCUCUUAGCUCAGCAGGUGGAGUUACAAUAACCACUGGUUUAUACAGCAGUGCUCAAAUUAGGACCCGUGCCAUCGACAACCUCUGGCCUCCCUCGCAGGGUUUUUUAUUUUGAUUUUUUCGGAAAUUAGCCACUGAAUUAGUUCAGAAAUGUUAUAUUCAUAGAUGGGGAUGUGGGUGAGAGCAAGUUUAUUUCCUGUUUUUGGAUGAGCUUCUUGUUCAUUUAUUUUUCUAAUUGUCUCAUCAAAACGCACAAGAGCCUCUGGUUUUAAAGCACUGGGCACACCCUGCCUUGUUUCCAUGAGCAGGUACCCAUUGCCUCACCCAAUUGCCAGAAUGGUUACAGCAGAGGAGGAGGCCGUUUCCCCAGUCAUGUCUGUACUGUCUCUAUGGAAGAGCAAUCCAGCUUUCUCCACUCUCCCGCCGUCAUCCUACCAGAUUAAUUUCCUCUCAGAUACUUGCUCAGCUCCAGGCUGCACACAGAUGAAUCUGCGUCCACUGCUCUCCAUCAAUAUGCAUACCAAAGCCUAACUAUGUCUGUGCGGAUGGGGACAUUUUCCUUUGUGUUACUUCUACUUCCUGUGUGAAUCAUUCUUAUUUACAUCUACUCGUUUGUAUUCCCACUGACAGUGAGGGCAAUCAUGCUCUAUCUGCUGGUAGAGCCGCUGCCUCGUGGCAGGCACCUGAGACCCGGGUUUGAUCCUGCCCUCGGGUACUCUAUGUGUGUGGAGUUUGCAUGUUAUUCCUGUGACAGCAUGGGUUUCCACCGGGUGAUCCGGUUUCCUCCUACACCUCAAAGAUGCCCGGGUAUGUAGCUUAAUUGUCCUCUGUAAAUUGACACACGUGUUCAGAGAGUGGAUAUGCGAUAACAGAACUAGUGUGAACGGGUAAUCGAUGAUUAGCGUGAACUCGGUGGGCCGAAGGGCCCGUUUCAAUGCUGUAUCUCUAAACUAAACAAACCUGUCAUAAUUAUAAAUCCUUCCACUGGAUCCCUUCAUAACUUGUUCUGUUGACAAUCUCCAGUCCAUGCCUCUGAAGCCUUUUGCCUUCAGGAAUCAUUUUCUUAAUCUCUACUGUGCCCUUUAAACAUCCUUCACACCUAUCCCAGAGUGUGCCCACGGUAUUCCAGUUCUGGUCUGACCAGUCUUUUAUCUUGGCCUCUCUGCUCUCGGUUCAAAACUGUGAUUCUGCCAAGCUCUGGGGAUAAGUUCUGUCUCUUUUGUCUGAAGAAAGGUCUCGACCCGAAAUGUCACCCAUUCCUUCUCUUCAGAGAUGCUGCUUGUCCUGCUGAGUUACUCCAGCAUUUUGUGUAUAUCCCUUGUAACUCAGUUCUCCCCUUAUGCUCGUAUCAACAAUGCACUGUGGUCCCCCACCAUUUCUCCUUGCUGCUGUUUAACCUAAAACAAGAUGCACAACAUAGGGUAAACAUCCUAUAUGCCUCUGGCCUCCUGUUUCCUUUUACCACAUCUGCUGUUCUAAGGGAUGAAGUUAAGGGUGCGGGAAGUCAUCUCUUUCAUCAGUCUAUUGUUCAUAAAUCAUGGGAGCAGAAUUCAGCCAAUUGGCACAUCGAGCCUACUCUGCCAUUCAAUCAUGGCUGAUCUAUCUCUCUCACCCUCAUUUUCCUGCCUUUUUCGUUCCCUUACACCCUUACUAAUCAAGAAUUUGUCAAACUCCGCUUUAAAAAGACCCAGUGACUUGGCCUCCAAAGCCAUCUGUGGCAAUGAAUUCCCCAGAUUCGCCACCCUCUGACUAAAGAAAUUCCUCCUCUUUUCUUUUCUAAAGGAAUUCCUUGUUUCGGUGAAGUAUGUAUAUUUUAUUUUUUAUUUUUAUUUAGUUUUCAGCGAUUACUCUAAAUAUAUAGAACAGAGGUGACUCAGUCCUUUGCGUUCACCCCUGCCAAAAUAUUUGGGUCACUAGCUUUCCAGCUCAUCUGCGGUUUUCUUAUGUUAUUAGUUCAAGUUCUCAUCCAUUUACCUCUCAGUGUGCUUCUUGUCUCUGAUUCCAUCACUAGCAGAGAGUUCGAGACAUCCUCUGGCCCUCAGGCGGGGGUUUUUCCUAAACUCUUUCAAACAUUUAAUUUAGAUUAAUGGAAAGGAUGUGGAGGGUUUGGAGAGGGUGCAGAAGAGCUUUACCAGAAUUCCCUGGAUUAAAGGGUAUUAGCUACAAACAAACAUUGGACAAACUUGAUGUGUUUUCUGUGGGGGUUUGGAGAUUGUGGGCACGCCUGAUAGAAGUAUGUAAAAUUAUGAGGCAUGAUAUGCGGGCCCAAGAUUUUCUUUUACACAGAAGAUAGUGAGUUGUGGAAUACAUUGCCUGGGAUGGUGGUGGAGGAAGAUACAAAAGUGGCAUUUAAAGACUUGGAUAGGCAUAUGGAUCAUGUGCAGGCAGAGGAGAUUAUUUUAAUGGUGUGUGUGUUUGGCAAAAAAAAUAUGGGUCGAAGGGCUUAUUCCAGUGCUGUAGUGUUCUAUGUUUCACCUUAAAUCAUAGACAAUAGGUGCAGGAGUAUGCCAUUCAGACUUUCAGGCCAGCACCGCCAUUCAACGUGAUCAUGGCUGAUCAUCCUCAAUCAGUACCGCAUUCUGUCUUCCCCCCCCCAUAUCCCCUGACUCCGAUAUCUUUGAGAGCCCUACCUAGAUCUCUCUUAAAAGUAUCCAGAGAACAGGGCUCCACAUUCAGAGAAUUCCACAGACUCCCAACUCUCUGUGUGCAAAAGUGUUUCCUCAUCUCCGUUCUAACUGGCUUACCCCUUAUUCUUAAACUGUGGCCCCUAGUUCUGGACUCCCCCAACAUCGGGAAUAUGUUUCCUGUCUCUAGCGUGUCCAAACCCUUAAUAAUCUUGUAUGUCUCAAUAAGAAUCCCUCUCAUCCUUCUAAAUUCCAGAGUAUACAAGCCCAGCCGCUCCAUUCUCUCAGCAUUUGAUAGUCCCGCCAUCCCGGGAAUUAACCUUGUGAACCCACACUGUACUCUCGCAAUAGUAAGAAUGUCCUUCCUGAAAUUUGGAGACCAAAACUGCACACAAUACUCCAGGUGUGGGUCUCACCAGUGCCCUGUACAACUGCAGAAGGACCUCUUUGCUCCUAUACUCCUCCUCUUUUUAUGAAGGCCAACAUGCCAUUCGCUUUCUUCACUGCCUGCUGUACCUGCAUGCUUAACUUCAUUGACUGAUGUACCAUGACACCCAUUUGCGGAAUAAAAUGUAAUCAUGCAUUUUUGUUUAUAUCUCAGGAUUUCGCAACAAGGAUUCCCAGAUCCUGUUGUGCUUCCCCUUUUCCCAACUUCACACCAUUUAGAUGACAAUCUUCCUUCCUGUUUUUGCAACCAAAGUGGAUAACCUCACAUUUAUCCACAUUAAACUACAUCUGCCCAAUCACCCGACCUGUCCAAGUCACUGCAUUCUCAUAGCAUCCUCCUCACAGUUCGCACUGCCACCCAGCUUUGUGUCGUCUGCAAAUUUGCUAAUGUUACUUGUAAUACCUUCGACUAAAUCAUUAAUAUAUAUUGUAAAUAGCUGUGGUCCCAGCACCGAGCCUUGCAGUACCCCACUAGUCACAGUCUGCCAUUCUGAAAUUGACCCGUUAAUCCCUACUCUUUGUUUCCUGUUUGCCAACCAAUUUUCUAUCCAUGUCAGCACUCUACCCCCAAUACCUUGUGCCCUAAUUUUGCCCACUAAUCUCCUAUGUGGGACCUUAUCAAAAUGCUUUCUGAAAGUCCAUGUAUACUACAUCCACUGGCUCUCCCUUGCCCAUUUUCAUAGUUACAUCCUCAAAAAAUUCCAGAAGAUGAUUUUCCUUUCAAAAAUCCAUGUGAAUCAGACCAAUCCUAUUACUGCUAUCCAACUGUACCGCUAUUUCAACUUUUAUGAUUGACUCCCGCAUCUUCCCCACCACCGAUGUCCGGCUAACUGGUCUAUAAUUCCCUGUUUUCUCUCUCCCACCUUUCUUAAAAAGAGGGAUAACAUUGGUUACACUCCAAUCCACAGGAACUGAUCCUGAAUCUAUAGAACAUUGGAAAAUUGUCACCAAUGCGUCCACGAUUUGCAGAGCCACUUCCUUAAGUACACUGGGAUGUAGACCAUCAGCCCCUGGGAAUUCAUUAGUCUAUCCAACACCAUUUGCUGCCUAAUGUAGAUUUCCUUCAGUUCCUCCGUCACCCCAUUGAGUUGGCAGGGUAAAUGGCAGGGUAAAUGGCACCUUACUGUUCACCUUUUCUAGUAUUCUCAUAAACAUUCACCUUGACUUUGUUUUUGCCAUAAUCUAUAGGACAUCAUGCAUUCAUCCCUCACACCGGGGACUGGGGCAGUUAUCAUGUUGCCCGGCGACAUUAAUCCAAUAUUCUGCCUGAGGAACGAUCCCAACCCAAAAUGUUAUCUGUCCAAUUCACUCUGCAUACAUAGGCAGCUUAAUCCGUUGAGUUCCUCCAGCACUUUGCUUUGCCCCUAAUAUUCCAGUCUCUUGUGUCUCCGUCCUGUCUGCUUUCUCCAAAUGUUAUGAGCAGUCCCCUGUUGCUGUGUUUUAGUGGAGUACAGCUGACUGGCCAAUUCCAGUGCUUCUAGAGAGGAAUACACCUUGUUCACUCUGAGCCCAGAGCAGCCCCUCUGCUUGUCUCUCCCAGUAACCUGGGCUAGGCCUUGCUGAGUCACUGUCACUCCUGUUACAACCAUCACGGCAAUUUCUCCAGCCAGAUGAAGACUGCCUGCCCUUUCAAAUGAAGGCCUUCUAUUUACUACUAUUCACACAUAUUACGAAUGUCAGUCAGUUGGUCGUAUUUGCUGACUUUCAUUCUGUUGAUGGGUUUCUGUCUCCCAGCCUGCGUUCUCUCAUUGCCACGAGUUGCCCUCUUUGCUCCCUCAGCCCCUUAAAACACUGGGCCACUUAAGAUUGGUUCUCCUUGUAAGUUAUUAUGUUCUGCAUAGACAAACCAUCAGUGAGUUUACUCAGUCAUGGUCUGUCAGUUAGUUGCAAAAAAAGAGAAUAAAGCAGUUUGCUGUGUGAAUAAAAUCUCUCCCCGGCCAAAGAUGGCAAUUUAGACGGAUGGCCCGACUGCCUAUAUGUUUUUAUAAAAAGGAUCUUGUCCCAUAGGGUCAGAGUUGCUCGUUACUAAAUGCUGAAAUACUGGCCUGAAUUAAUUUUUACCUGCGAUCGGUCCAAAUGUCUACCUAUCCCACAUUUAAUUUGUCUUGCUUAACUCACAUUUAGCAGCUUCUGUACUUUCAUUGUGCAAAUGUUAAUGCUCAAUUGAAGGAAACCUUAGCGGUUCAACAGACCAAGGUAUUAUUCCAGUUCAGACUGCCGAUGGUCUGAAGAUUGUAACCUCUCACUUUUUCAGGAAGCUUAACAUUUGAAAUUCAAAAUAAAGCAGAGAAUGCACAGUAGGUUACACAGCAUCUGUGGGGCGAGAAAUUCCAGUUAAUACUUCAAAUCUUAACCUGAGAUUUGUGUUUCCCUUUCCACAGAUGCUGCCUUAACCUGCUGUCUUUUUCCAACAUUCUCUGCUGCAUUUCUUAUUCCCUAUCACCUAUCUGUGCAUUCAAGGAAUGUUUAACUUGGGGUCUAGUGACCUGCUUCAUUGUGACAGCCUUUCCUUGCCACUGUGUUCCCACCCUCCGUAUGGGAUUCUGAAUGAAGAGUGUCGAGCGAGCUUCAAUCAAGCUUGCAAUUCGUGUGGGUAGCGUGACUUACCUGCAUUCUUUUUUUUAAAGAAUGUCUCCCUGUAGAGUGAUAGUUGCACAUUACUAAAGUACUAAGAUAAAUUAAUCUUUACCUGGGAUCGGUCCAAAGGACUACCUAUCCCACAUUUAUUUUGUCUUCUAAACCAACUCACUUUUACUAGGUUAUGUGCUUUCCCUAUGCAAAUGGUCAUGCUUGAUUCAUACGUUCAUAAGUUAUUGGAAUAGAAUUAGCCUAUUCAGUCCAUUGAGUCUACUGUGCCAUUCAAUCAUGGCUGAUCUAUCUUACCUUCUCAACCCCAUUCUCCUGCCUCUCCCUUAAGCCUUUGACGCUUUUACUAAUCAAAAACUUGUCAAUCUCGUCACCUUUUGAUUAAGAAAUUCCUCCUCAUCUUUGUACGGCUGAGGCUGUGCCCUCUGGUUCUAGGCUCUCCCACUAGUGGAAAUAUUCCCCCCACAUCCACUCUAUCCCAGCCUUUCACUAUUCGCUAAGUUUCAACUUCCUUCUAAACUCCAGCGAGCACAGGCCCAGAGUUGUUUAACAGACACGGGAAUGAUUCCACUUUGAACUGUUGAUAAUCUGAAGAUUGCACUUUUACCUAAACCAGCAUAUGCAGUUCCUUGCUUCUACCUAUCCCACAUUUUAUUAUUUAGUUGUAAUCUGCCCUAUGGAAAAUAAUGUGCAGCAACAGCAAAAUAUGAAAUGAGAGAUCUGGACUUUAAUUUCAUCCCCUUCCCUUUGAUUUAUGAUGGUAAUCUGUUAUACCGCAGAAGUUUUUAUUGCAAAUUUGUCAUGUUUCUCUUGCUACUUGGCUUGGGUUUCACCUUUGUCCUGGAUUAUUACCAUCUGAGCGAGCGCAAUUAAGACUUUAUUGCUGGGAUGUACGAUUGAAUAGCUGUCACUUUUCAUCUGUGGUUUAAUUUUAAGAUCUGAUUUUUGUUUUCAAUUAUCAUAGUCAUACAGCACAGGAACUGGCCCUCUGGCCCAACUCGACCAUGCCAACCGAGAUUGCCUAUCUAAACUGGUUCCAUUUGGACCAUAUCCUUUAAUGUAUCUGGCCCACAUGCUAUCCAUGUAUCUGUCUAAGUGUCUUUUAAGUGCUGUUGUAGUAUCUGCCUUAACUAUCCCCUCUGGCAACUCGUUCUGCAUACACCACCCACUGAGUGGAAAAGGUUGCCCCUUAGGUUCCUAUUAAAUCUUGUCCCUCUCAUCUUCAACCUUUGUCCUCAUUUAUUCACCCCCCCACUCAAGGUAAAAGACUGUGCAUUCACCCUAUCUAUCCUUCUCAUGAUUUUAUUAACUUCUAAGAUCAUCCCUCGUCCUUCCUCCUGCACGCCAAGGAAUAAAGUCCUAGCCUGCCCACACUUUCCCUAUACCUCAGGCUUCUGGCAACGUCCUCGUAAAUCUUUUCUGUGAUCUUUCCAGUUCUGACAUCCUCCAGGGUGACUUGCACUGCACACUAUACUCCAAAUCCAACCUUGCCAAUGUCUUGUACAAGUACAACAUUUUUCAGGAUCUGCAUGUUGCUAAGAGGGAUUGACUAAUGCCUGGCAAUAACAAUUAUUGAAGUGACUGUUUUCCUGGGCCUUGUCAGAAGGCAGUUAAAUGGCAAUCAUCUAGAGGCCAGACACUGUUAGCAAGGCAGAUCGUGGUGCUUGUGCUGAAUGCAGAUUUGCAUUUAGUUGAAAUAUUAUCAUUUUCAUGGUUAACAUAUUUGUCAAGAAAAUGGGGAGGGGGGUGUGGGGCGGGGGUUGGGGAAUGGUGAUAAAAUGCUUUUUUGCAAAAGUCAUAGGGCUGUACAGCAUCGCAACAGGCCUUUGGGUCCAACACCGUAACGGUGAUGCAGAGGUAGAGUUGCUGCCUUACAGCGAAUGCAGUGCCAGAGAUCUGGGUUGGAUCCUAACUACGGGUACUGUCUGUACAGAGUUAGUACGCUCUCCAUGUAACCGAGAUCUUCGGUUUCCUCCCACACUCCAAAGACGUCCAGGUUUGUUGGUUAAUUGGCUUGGUAAAUGUAAAAAUUGUCCCUAAUGUGGGUCGGAUAGUGUUAAUAUUCGCGGAUCGCUGGUCAGCGCGGACCCGGUGGACCGAAGGGCCUGGUUCCACGCUGUAUCUCUGAACCAAACUAAACUAAUCCUCCAUGCCGAUGAAGUUGCCCAUCUACAUUAACGGCAUUUGCCGCAUUAGGGCCAAUGGUGCCUUGCCUGUUUGUCCAAAUGCAUCUUAAAUGUUGUAAUUGAAUCUGUUGCCACCACCUCUGGCAGCACAUUCCAGGUGUAGACCCAAAUCUCCUGCUCGAUCCCUUUUAGAACACCCUCCUCUGUCAUCUUUAAACCUAUGCCUUUUUGUUUUUGAUUUUGUUUUUCCUGAUUGCAGAUUCCCUCCCACACUCCCAAGAAAUCUAUUCCCCGCUUACAAUAGGCCAAAUGAUGAUGCCCAAUUAAGCUACAAACAUGCAUGCUAUAAGGAUGUGUGACAUGACCCGGGAACAAGGAGAACGUACAAACUCCACACAGACAAGCAUCCGAGGUCUGGAUUGAACAUGGGUCUCUCGUGCUGUGAGGCAGCAUCUGUACAAGCAAUGCCAGUGUGUCACCUGCGGUCAUAUGUGACUCUUGCCCUCUGGCAUCUUUACUGCAUCUUAACCAUUCUCUGUGCCCCCUCUCAAAGACAAGCUCACUGUCACUACCCAAGGAAGCUGGGAAGGCCAGUAAAUGCCCUUUCAGAUUCCAAACUGCGCCCAUUUCUAAGACUUAAGCUUGAAUAAGUGCUGUUUAUCUUAAACUCCAAAUAAUUUAAUGUUAAUUUAUGGUAUGUUUAAAUUAUUUGCCAAAAUCUUUUACGUAUGGUUUUACUCUAGGCUAUUAAUGAGAUUUUAUUUUUGCUCAAUUCAUAAUUUACCAUUAGUAGAAGCCUAUUUAAUUAAUGUAUUUCAUAAAUCCAAGUUAAUGAUGUGCAUUUGGUGUUGAUGCGUAUAUCCUACACUAUGAUAGUCUGCUGUGGAAAGUACGUAGUACUGUGUGUUUGUGUGUGAAGUGCAUUGCACUGUCUGUGUCUGUGUGUAUUUGAUACGUAAUUCUUACUGUUUACGCACAAUAUGUUGUUUGGCUUGACCAUAUUGUCGAGGUGUGUAGAGGUCAUCUAAUGUAAUUCACCGUGGCCGUGCCACUAAUACAGUUUGGUUUGGUCUGCUUCUUGCUGUGCAGAGAGUGUGGGGAGCCUUUUGUAUGGGUGUAAAAUGUAUUCUCAUGAUGUACAAGGCACUUAGUUAAUAGCUGCACUACUGCUUUAAACUGGAACCAAAUGGUGUGGCAUCUGGCCUUGCUCCAGGGAAGAGCAAAUAUGCCCACUGCAACUGCCUGACUGUUGUGAAAGCCCGACAGGUGGUUCAAGCAUUUCGCCAUUUCCCAUCCUGCUGUUACCUCCAAGUGUGAAUGGCAAGGACAAUCUGAAGAACACAAAUCUGGGGCUGAGGCACACCGUGCAUCUUGGCAUCACCCUGCCCAGCUGCCAAGAAGAUGGCACCUUACCACACAGUCCCGUGUCCCAUAAAACUGAGGCUCGGAUAUCCCUUGUGGGUGCACAAUGUGACAAUGCCUGUUUAAAUAGAUUAGUGGUGUUCUGCAAACAUUCUCCCUCGGGAGGCAUUGCUAACAGAUUAUCCCUGCGUCACGAUUCAGUUUGUGGGAUCUUGCUGUGCUAAUUGGAUGCAGUCACUCCUAUGUUGCAACAGUAACUUUGCUUCAGUUGUUGCAUUAGUUGGCUCUGAGGUCCUUGGAUGUUAAAAGUUGGGCAAGACUUUCUCACCAAACCUGAUCAUUCCUAGGAUUGGUCUAGAUUUGAAUUUGGUGAAGCUCCAAAAAGGGGAGAUAUUUUUAAUUCAUCGAUAAAAGUAACACAGGCUGUUGGAUUAUUUCACAGAUCCAUCACUGGAUUAAUAUUGGGUAGAAGCAAGGAACUGCAGAUGCUGGUUUACAAAAAGGGGCACAAAGUGCUGGAGUAGCUCAGCGGGUCAGGCAACAUCCCUGAAGAACAUGGACAGAUUAUGUUUUAGGUCAGGACCCUUCUUCAGAAUAUUCCUUCGGGGAAGGGAAUCAUCCUUGACCUGAUCCAUGCAGUCCUGCGUGGUUGACAUUAACUGUCCUUGGAAGUCACUAUGCUCAUCCCUCCAGUGUUCUGGAGAACCUUGCAAAGACUUGCCAAGGGAAAUAAAACACUGAUUCAGAUAUCAAUGACACAUCAGAAGACAAUGGUAGUCCAAACUUGUUUUGUCAAUUAGUUGCACUGCACAAGGGUCUAAAUCCUCCAGUCUUGCAUGGAACCAAGAUGAAGCCGAAUGACCUGUUUCCAAGAUGUAUCUUUGCAACCAUGGGAUGUCACAAUAACAUCUCCCAACCAAGGAGAUUCUCUUACGGGUUUUUGCUACUAACAUAGGCAGAGCAGGAUCCCACAAAUUGCACUGAAACAAAUUUUACAGCAGUUUUAUUAGGUGAUGUUGGAUAAUAUGGCAGCAAUUGCCUUUGGCCCAGCCAGUCGUUCUGGAACAUUGGGUUCCAAUAAACUGAUUAGGAACCUGUUCAGUUCGUAAUAAAUACAUGCACAGAUGAGAAUGCAAAGCAGCACAAAACAUUUUAAAACUGAACCUUGGAGCUGAAAAUAUAAACGUCCUUGCAAUGUUGCCAAUUGGUUUCUUAUCCAUUCCUCACUGAUAACAGAACGUUGUUCCCAAUAACGUUCUUUCGCCAUGGUCAAAGAAUUAUGUCUCAUUUCAGUUCAAGGAUAUAAUUGUCUAAUCUUGUAACAAUAUCCAUAGCCAUGUUAUUCUUAAUGAAAUCUUGAAUGUUAACUAUUGGUCUGGUUCCAAUGAGUGUACUGAGAUUUCUUUAUUUUCAACAUUGAUUUGGUAUCUAUGCAUUAAUAUAAAAUCAGAUUACUGCCAUUUCACUGUGAUUUCCCAGGCAAAAUUAAACAGCUAUCCUUGGAUGCUCAGUUUUUCUAUGACAA